UAAACUCCUUUCAAACUUAGAUUUUAGAGACCAAAUUAGGUUUGUUUUCACCAAUCUUUCGGUUUUGUGGUAUCAAUCCUCACCAAUCCUCGAACAGUUAAUCGCGAAUCCUCGCCGAACUAUCCAACAUUCGCCAUACAAGCAUCAAAUUCAUUACGCUACAUGUGCAGUGGAGGAAUGGAUUCCCUUGAUCAAAUGAUGGAUGAUGGAACUACUUAUCAAGCUGAACCACAAAAACCAGCAUGGUGUGAGAGAAAACAGGCUGUAGUACAAGAAGAACUAAGGAGAAUGAAUCAGCUGCCUGCAAAAAGUACCUAUGUUGCACAUCGUCUAAAGGUUCUUAAUAAAAUUCUGCAACUUAUGUCGGUUCAAAGAACUGAAUCUCAGGAGAAGGAGCUGGAGUUGCUUUUUGCUGGUCUGUCUUUGUGAAAGAAUUAUUAAUGGCAAUGAUUCUGUGGCACAUUUAACAUCCAGAUGCACACCCCUUUUGUUGUUAAAUACCAUUAUCAACAGUAGAUCCUGGGAGUAUGUUUCAUAUUUUUGUUUUAGCAUGUUGAGCUGUUUUUCGUAGUGGACUGGUUACGUAUAUAUAAUAUGAUGUAUAUUAGAUGCAGCCGUGCUUGGAAGUUAUUACUUAUUAGCAAUUUCAAGCACUAUUGGUGCUUAUUUUGUACUUGUUUGAUAUAAGGUUUAAACUUUUCUUUUUGAAA